CUGUGUGAAUGCAACACUUGUCUGAUGAAGUGGGCACAGAAAGUCCCCCCCGCCCGGUUGCCAAAAGAUCCUACACAUGAACAGCUUGCCUGACACGCAAGUUCUGUCCUCUUUGAAGAACGUAGCCAUGGGUAGAGCCAGGGCUCGGAGAAGGUGACGGCCAGGGAAAUGUUCAUGACUCCCGCAGAUGGGAUCGCAGUGCUUUUUUAGCCGUUUGGUGUCUGUAACUUUAGUCAGGAAUAGUGCCGUUAAAUGGAUUAGGAGAGGGCAGCAGUUGGUGCUUGACAGCUCCUGGUAGGUGGCUUUCAGAGGAUAAUUAGUGGAGAACCUAGAAGCCGACAAGAUCAACAGGAAGAGGCACUGGAACAGAAGGUUCAGAGACCUGUGUUGGUCUUUGCGUGGUGGGUGGCAGUGGUUCAAUUUCCUCCUGCUGCUGAAUCGGUGCCGUUCUGCCCGGGAGGCGUGAUGAAUUGUAGUUUUUGGGAAUGUCGCGUGCUCUUGAUGAAAUGCCCGCAUUUAGACCAAGAGGGCAAAUUUAAAAAAUGUGAAGUGUAGCAAGGCCUUCAGGUUUCAGAACUAAUCAGCAUGGAAGUUACUUCUGACAUCCUCAGAACUUUAGGUUGUUUUUUUAAGUGGAUUGAACCAACAAUUCCCAGGUUCUUGGUCUUGUUAAGAGAAUUCCAAUCUCCCAAAAGUGACUUUCUUAUAAAGAUAAAGUUGCUGAUUGAUUAAAGAUGUUCCUGCACUGGAAGAAGCGGGGUGCAUAUGAGCUGGAGUCUUCGCCAUCUUCUCUUAGCCAGAUGGGAACGGAGCGUUACUCAUGGUCGUCAUCCCUGGACGUCAUCCAUGAUCUGCCUGAUGAUAAGCCGGUCCAGGAAGAAGACUGGGUGCCGUGUCAGCACCGCCAAUGUCCUGACCAUAGGAGGGCCUCCAAGGUCUGCCACCACCCAGACUGUCAAGACCAGAAUAACAAAAGCCCGCUUCACCUGUGUGAGUCAUGUGACUCGCGCUGCCACUCGGAGAACAACAUGCACUUUGACCGGCACCCUCGCUUUGACUUGCAGCCUCAAGCGUCCAUCCUGGCUCGAAACGUGUCCACACGCUCCUGCCCCCCACGUACCAGCCCCCCCUCUGAUCUGGAGGAAGAGGAUGAGGGGAGCAACGACCACGGGGAGCGUAAAAGUGUGGGAAUGAAGUUGGGGAAGAAGAAGCAGCGGAGACGACACACCGAUGACCCCAGUAAGGAGUGCUUCAGCUUGAAGUUUGACCUCAGCGUAGACAUCAGUACAGAAAUCGUACCUGCUGUGAAAAAGAAAACUCUGAGAGAGGUUCUUGGGCCAGUGUUUGAAAGGAAUGGCAUCGAGUUGUCACGCGUGGACCUGUUCCUGGAUCAGUCCAAUACCCCGUUGUCCCUCAACUUUGAGGCCUACCACUUUGGAGGACACUACCUUAAAGUUAAAGCAAAGCCAGGGGAUGAGCUGAAGGUGGAGCAAGGCGUGAAAGACAUGAAGUCGCUCAGUCUGCCCAUCAUGAAGCCUUCUGGAAGUCCAAGUCCGUACAUUCUCACCCCGGUGGGGGAAUCUCUGGCUCUUCGGGAAAGUUUGGAUCUUUUGGGUCAGGCGCGACAGAGGAAGAACAUGACCAAGUUCCUGGGAGAGAACAUCAUUCCCACCCCGGACUCUCUCGGACAGCUGGGGGGCUCCCUGCCCAGCGUGGGACCCGGACCCGACCGCUGGAAGAAUCGCGCCGCCAGUCGCUUCAGCGGCUUAUUCGGCUCCAACGCCGGAGCGGGCUCCUUUGAAAAGGAGGUGGAUCGUCUGGAGCAGCUCCAGAGCAAGCUGGACUCCUACUCCAAGUAUGGGCUGCCCAAGGUGCCCUGGCAGCUCUCCUUCCACCAGGACUCCUGGGAGGAAGAGGAGGAGGAGGCCAACCUUAUCCUAGAGGACAGCUGGAAGGAGCUGCUGGAUGGCCCAGAGACUCUGACAAGGCGGCAGUUCCACCAGCAGGAGGCCAUUUGGGAGCUGCUGAACACGGAGGCCGCCUACAUCAAGAAACUUCGAGUCAUCACAGAUCUGUUCCUAAGCGGGCUGCUGAACCUGCAGGAGAGCGGCCUGCUGUCCGAGGUGGAGCCCACCAGGCUGUUCAGCAACAUCCAGGAGAUCGUGCGCCUGCACACCUCCCUGUGGAACCAGGUCAUGCUGCCCGUGCUGCACAGGGCCAGGGAGGCCCGGGCCUUGCUGGACCCCACGCUCCUGUACGACGGCUUCAGGACGUUUGACACGCGGUUCCAGCCGUACAUCCGCUACUGCAUGGAGGAGGAGAGCUGCAUGGAGUACAUGCGCACGCUGCUCAGGGACAACGAGCUCUUCAGGAAGUACAUCACGUGGGCGGAGACUAAAAAGCAGUGCAACCGGCUGAAGCUGGCCGACAUGUUGGCGAAGCCUCAUCAGCGGCUGACCAAAUACCCCCUCCUGCUGAAGAGCGUCUUGAAGAAGACGGACGAGCUGUCGGCGCGGGACAUCGUCAGCAGCAUGGUGGUGAUGGUGGAGAGCUUCAUCAACAGCGUGGACUCCCAGAUGCGACAGCGGCAGGAGCGGCAGAAGCUGGCCACCAUCUCUGCGCGCAUAGACUGCUAUGAGGCCGUGGAGGGCAGCAGCGAGGAGGUGGAGAAGAUCCUCAAAGAGUACAACCGCUUCGAUCUGAUGGCUCCCAUGAGGGGAACGUCGCCAGAGGAGACUCGACAGCUGCAGCUGGAGGGAGCGCUGAGGAUGAAAGAGGGCAAGGACAGCAGGAUGGACGUCUACUGCUUCCUGUUCACUGACCUGCUGCUGAUUACCAAACCGGUGAAGAGGCUGGAGAAGGUUAAGGUUAUCCGCCAGCCCCUCCUCAUCCACAACAUCGUCUGCAAAGAGCUGAAAGAUCCUGGCUCCUUUAUCCUCAUCUACCUCAACGAGUUCAACAGCGCUGUGGCGGCCUACACUUUCCAGGCCAACAGCGCCACUCAGGGGCGAUGCUGGAUCGAUGCAAUCUACAACAUCCAGAAUCAGCUGCAGAGGCUUCGCAGCGAGGAGGACCUGCGGCGGCAGCAGCGCCCAAGGAGCUGCUCCGGGGUGGACGUUGACGAUGAGAGCAGCAACUCCACCACGAGUUCCCCAAUCCUGCAGCAUAAAGAGCAGCAGAACUCCAGUCAUUCAGACGGCUCCACUGAGACGCUGUCGGUGAUGGACAUGGAGGAGCGAAGCGAGCCCCCGCCGCCCCCCAGCAUAAACAUCGAGGAACCCGGGGAUAAGUCUCCUCUGUCUGACAGCUCAGACCUCCAGAGUUCCCCCCAGCUGAACGGUCUGGAGGUAGAGGGGCUGGACGCUCAGUGCCGGUCUCUCUCCAUGGACAGCGCCUACGGUACCCUCUCCCCGGGAUCGCUCUCUCGGGAGCUGCAGCCGCCGCCCGGCCCAAGUGAAGGGGAGGAAACCGAGGAGGAGGACGGAGAUCGAAGGAGUAAGGGAGAGGAGCAGGGGGAGGCGGUAACCGAGGAGCUGGAUGAUGAAGAGGAGGAGGUAGAGGAGGAAGAGGCCGCUCUGGGGUCUCAGGCGUCCGUUGCUCUGUCCAGUAAACCUCGCCGGCGGCCUCACAUUCAGUCAAAGCUGCAGUGCCCACAGCGGCUGUCCGCGCUGUCACGCUCCGAGGACAACCUCCUGCAACGUUUCCACGGCGACGCCCCCAUCUCUCAUGCACACUUGGUCAGCUCCGCCUCCAAGGAAUCAGAGCGCAGGGACAUGGACUCAUCCCUGCUGGCGCACAGCAGGAGCCUGUCUGAGCUCUGCCAGGACGGCGAGGACAGCGACCUCGGCCAGUCAGACGACGGCUUGAGCAUGAGCUUGCCCUCAAACGAACUCAGAGCGAGGCUGAGCCGAGGCACGGCGCGGCACCGCCACAAAGCGCCCAGCGGAUCUUGCGAGUUUGCAGGCUCCGAUUUAGUGUCCACUCCCCCUGGCUGCUUGGUGAAGACGGCGAACGACGAUUCGGGGGAAACGCCCCCCAUCAAGAGGAAGUCUUCACCCCAGCAGCACAAGAAGCUGACGCUGGCUCAGCUGUACCGAAUGCGCACCACUCUGGUCCUCAACUCCACGCUGACGGCGUCGGAGGUGUAACCGCUCGCCCAAGCAGCCGAGUGGACCUCACCAGGGACGCUUGAGGACAGACUGAACUUCUUAAGACACAGAUGCACUCUCUCUUUAGUACUCCCCCCUCCCCUCUAACAUUUCAACAUUUAAAACACUUCUUUUUGGCAUUUUGCUGUUGCUUUCUUGAACUUCUGGGCGGGAGGGGGGAGGCAGAGAGGUGUUAACUGCUUGCACUUUGCAACAGAAGUAGCAUUGGUGGGGGGGGACAUGCGGGCGGACCGGGAGGAGACCAGGUGACAGGUGGAGGUCUGACACCCUCAACCCCCGCGCUCUGUGCAGGAGGAGCUGAAGGCUGCACUUCUCCUCAAUCCUGCAUUAAAAAGCGCAACGCCAAAUCUUACAAACAAAAACUAAAAAAAAAAAAAAAAAAUUUUGCAAGAUCAACUUUAUGACUCCUGAUUUGUUUCUGCAAAAGACAGAAAGAAUUGCACAGCGACUUUGGUUAUUCAGAUUAGACGCGUCAUGGACGUCGUCAUGGCGAUUUGUGUUUGUGUGGAUGUUCGAGUGAUCCUCCACUCCUGACUGAACCAAAAUGAUUUCCUGUGAGAUUUCCAAAGAUGGUAGAAUUUAAAGCCCAUCAUAAAAAAAAUAAAUAAAAAAAAACAGCUGUCAAAUUCAGCCGAUCGCAUUUCAGCUCCCAUACUCAAUGCCCCGCCCCCCAGCAGACUCCUUCUGUUACUAGUUUUUGGUUUUGUUGAACUCACGAGUCGCACAUUCUGAUGUAUUCUCUGCAUUCUACAUCACGACAGCUUUAAAGCCUCGAGGCUCUGGAGAAGAAAACUCACAAAGGUCUGAGUUUAACUUUGAAGAAAGUUGAUUUCCAUUCUCCUAAUAAUUUACAUCAGUUCAACCUUUUGGAUCAGCAAUCUUUGCUCCAAACAAACCCCAAACAUGGGUUAACUCUGUUUACUUUCCUUUUUUUUUUUGUCUGUCAUAUUUAUUAAGCCUGCUAUGUUUUAUAUAUAAGAUAUUGUUUAUAUUAUUUGCUUUCAUGAUUUGUAAAUGUGUUUUUCUGUUGAUGUAGUCUUAAUAAUUUUUUUUGUCUGUUCAGACAUUAAUGUAUUAUAAACCAAAAUGGUGUGUUUUGACAGGAGCGGCUUCAAAGUGUCUUGUGAAAUAAUAAUAAUAAUAAAAAAAAGCAAAAAUA